AGAGAGAAAGACAGACCACCGGCAAAGGCGAGGCCGAGGCUACGAAGAUCAAUUCUUCAAGCAUCCCCCUCAAUCCGCCUUCACGAUGACCUCUUCACUCACCUCUGCCCUGAGCCUUCUGGCGCGCGGCCACCACCACGAUCUCUCUCAGUGCACCAUAGACACCUGCCCCAUCGACAGCUCCUACUACUACUACCGCGUGUCCCUGGCCGCCAACGCCACCUUUAUCGCCCUCUUCAGCAUCUCCCUGAUCGCCUACGUCCUCACCUAUGCCCUCACUCGCCGCGCCGCCGCCUUCUCCUUCGCCAUGGUCUGCGGCGUCAUUCUCGAGGUGCUAGGCUACGCUGGGCGUCUGGCCAGCUGGCACAACCAGUGGAGCCAGACGGGCUUCCUCAUGCAGAUUGUGUGUCUUACCAUUGCCCCCGCCUUCAUGUCCGGCGGCAUCUACCUGUGUUUGCGGCGGAUCGUGUAUGCAUUUGGGCCCGAGAACUCGCGGAUCAAGCCCGAGGCGUAUACGAGAAUUUUCAUCCCCUGCGAUAUCCUUUCCCUCCUCCUGCAAGCAGCGGGCGGCGGUCUCGCGUCCUCCGAGUCGACCGCCAACAAAUCCCCUGAUACAGGCGACAACAUCAUGGUCGCAGGGCUCGCCUUCCAGGUGCUAACACUCCUCAUCUUCAUGCUCCUGUGCGCCGACUUCGCCCUGCGGACCUACCAGCGCUACAAGGCCCUGGGCGAGUCCGCCUUCGACCAGAACCCCCUCUUCGUCACGCUGCGCGAGGGCUGGCGCUUCCGUGGCUUCCUGUGCGCCCUCGCCCUGGCCACCAUCUGCAUCUUCUGGCGGAGCGUGUACCGUGUCGCGGAACUGGCCGAGGGCUGGUCGGGGAAUCUGAUCCGUCACCAGUGGUUGUUCGUCGGGUUUGAGGGCGUCAUGGUCAUUGUCGCUUGCUUCGCCCUGAAUGCCUUUAACCCGGCCUUCACGAUCCAGGAGGCCAUGACGGGUCUGGGUGGCUUGGGCAGCAAGAAGAAGAUGCGGAAGCAGGAGAUGGAGAGGGAGAGGGGAGAGAAGCUUGAAGGGGCCGUCGCGGCGAGGAGCGCAAGUGGGAGCGCGAGUGAUAAUGAGGGGCGGUGAACUUCCUGCCGGUCUUUAGAGGGAGGGAGGAGAUGAUGGAUAAUGAUAUGAUAUAUAUAGACUUUUUUGCAGCGGAUAUCACUGCUCACCACAUAAACCUUAACUUCAAUAGGUAGACUGCCAAGUCUUCCUUCUUCAACAUAUCCACUAAUGAUACAUCGCCUCCAAAUAAUCACCACUGCCUCUCGACUUUCUCUAUCAACAUUUCCACAACCAAGGACUGGUUCUCAGAUCCUCAAAGGAUGGAACUCCUCAUACCCGCCCAAGGACACUC